GCUCUCAGUGCGGCCGGCACGUCCGCGCAGACAUGCUGUGCCCCGCGCGUUGCUCGUGCUUCCUCUGCCGCGAGCUGCAGUCUUGUCGCGCCGCUGAUGCCAGGAAACCCAACUCCAAAAAUAACAUGUGUGACAAUUUCAUACUCAAGAAGGCCGAGGCCUGGGAGCCCAUGAAGUUUAUCCGAGGGGCUGCGCGACUCUCCGUCAGACACUGGCAAAGCAGAGAUCCCCUCACCUCCAAUAAGACGAGGAUCGCGACACACAAGUCCACCAGCUGCGAGCAGCUGUACCCGCAUCCUUCCGAGGAGGAGUCGGGACCGUUCGGUAUGCGCCGCGCUCCGAGCACCGACCGAGUGAAGCCGCAGUCGGAGCAUAAGGCUCUAUUUAAGCUCCUUGGGAAUUCUCGUAGUAAGAAAAUAAACAACAGUGAUGCUUCGGAUUCGAAAGUACGUCGAAGUGUUCUGAAUUUCAGAAAAACUGAAGCUCCAAGUUCCAAAAAUGUUCACGAGAAGUACAUUCCUUUGCCGCAGGUGUCAUCGCCCACUGAACACAUUUACAGUGAACCUCGACCCACCAUACGGAGUCCGCAGUCGCAGUUUGACGAGUGUUGUCGACCUCCGGUAUACCAGAGCGUGGAAAAGAGGAAAGAAGAACUUACCAAGUGUUCUGCUGACAAAAAGAUAUACAGUAACCGCCUUCCGUGUUAUGAGGAAUUGGCGCAGAGAAUUUCCCAGGAAAAAAAUAAGAAAGCAAACUUACCGCUUACGGAAGGAGGAUUGGCGAAUAAAAUAACACAAAAUAACAACAAAGUUGUCAUAUAUUUUGGUGAUUCUAUAAUUCGUAAACAUAAUGAACAAAAGAAGGAAGAAUAUCGCCUUAAAGAGGAUCCUCCGAAAGAAGAGGUAAUUUAUGCAAAUCGACUUCUACAAGAAACAGAAAACUUAGGACUUAGUAGGGAAGUGGACAGAGGUGGAGGUGACACUCAGAUGGUGUCAGAGAUAGAAGUGCCAGAAGCUAUUUAUUCUGAGAUUAAGACUGAUGACAGUAAGGAUACGCUAGAGAUAGUGACCAUCAAUGACGCGACUUAUAAGAAGGAUGUUUACGGGACGAUGAGUUCUGACGGUUUCAUCGUAGUGGAGUUCGAAGGUAACUUCGAAAGAGCUCGUCAGCUGGUGGAGCUGGUGCACGGAGGUGGAGUGGAUCACCACGAGGCGACGGUGCUGGAUGAAGAUGAGCACUGCGACUGGAGCUUCAUCCAAGACUGGAGGAAACGGCCAUCAAGCGGCUGUCGCCCAUCCGAGGAGGGGGCGUGGUGCGGCGGCGUGUCGGGCGCGCGGGCCCUGCGCGUGCGCGUGAGCGGGGCAGCGGCUGCGCCCGCGCCCGCGCAUGCGCGCCGCCUGUCGCCGCCGCCGCACGCGCACCGCGCCACCACGCCGCCGAGGCCUACUUCACCCACCAAUAAACCAACCCACGAGGAAGCCCCACCAGCGUCAACGGAGGGACCCAGCUCAGCACAGCUCAAGGCAGUUGGCGCGGUGUCCCAGCUGACGGUAGCCAGCGCGCCGGUCCGCAGUGCGCCCGCGCAGAACAGCUACGCGCUAGAGCGGCGCCCGCCGAAGCACGAUCAUCAUCAUCGACCAGCUGUUGAUUCCGCGCCGCCUGUGCAGAAUGGCGUCCGCGAAUGCAACAGUAGUUCAGACGAGAACAGGUCGUCCGGACACGCGUCCAUGUCGGACAGUGGCGGCGGCGGCGAGGCCGGACGGGAGGAGCCGCGCCGCACACGGCAGCCACCACAUGCACGAACCAAACAUCGACCACAUAAUAAGUUACAGUCACCAUGGCCGGGUGGUGGAGGACUGGAAGACAUCAGAUCAGCUAUCAAGCAGCUGACACUUCGCUCCAGAGAUAGCAGCAGCACAGCCACCAGUGCAUCAAGUGCUGGAGGGGGCAGCAAUAAUGGCGCUCCAGAGAGCGGUAGUGCAGCGGAGGCUCGAAGAAGACGAGCUCCUCUAGUGCGUCAACCCUCGCUGGACACCGUCUGCACCAAUGUUACCAGCGCCGACGAGUUUGUGUGGGUCGAUUCGCACAAUAGGCUGGUGGAACUACGUUGCGUACCCUGGACAGCAAGCGAAGUCAGUCGUGCGCUACAGGCCGGCCGAUGCAGAGAUAUAGCCCCCAGGAUGGCACCUGAUACGCCGUCGAGGCUCGCCUACUUACUACAAAGAGCAUUGGUGAGGAUAGCUCGUGAAGCACAGCGUCUCUCACAGAACUUUGGCUUUUGCUCCAAGCAUGAGGUAGCUGGUGCGUUCCGGAUAGUCCUCAGCACACCGCUCGCUGACGCAUGCAUCAAGGGUUGCCAAAGAGCAGCGACAAUGUAUGCGACAUCGGGCAGUGCAGCCAGGCGCUUGGGCUCAGCAGCUCGAGCUCGCACCAGCCUUGCACCAGGACGGUUUCAGAGGUGGAUGCUGGAUGUUCGUGUAGCGUCAUUUAUUCAUGAAUAUGCAGCGAUCUACCUCUGCGCUGGAAUGGAGACGCUACUAGAGGAGAUUGCUCUGAUAGCCGGCAGCAGUGCAGCCAAUGCACCUAUCACACCUGCAGUGGUUGACCACGCUGUCGCUAACUGUGCUGAUCUUUGGGGACUUCUCCAGCCAUACAGCCACUUGAAUGCUGGACGGGUAGCUUCAGGAGCAUUAUCACUCUCUCGUUGGGAAUCCAUGAGCUCACUAGGUUCCGGUUCAUCUUCAGGAGUGUCCCGCCCUGAACAUAGACAAUUAGGACUAAGUCACGAUUCUGGUAUCACUACUAAUGGUUCCGGUGGUUCAGGGACUUCUGCAGGUUCAAAUAACAGUUCCGGUGGAUCAACAGCGUCAGUUCUUCUGACAACGUGUGCUGGAUCAGCAUCAGAGUUGCGGGCUGUUCUACGAAGGGUUCACCCAAGACUAUCGCCACUAUCACCUGCUGCAGAACGAGCUCUGUACUAUUUUAUGAGAUGUUCACAAUUGGAGCACUCGAGCACGUCUGGUGGUAGUUGUGGUGGCGCAGGGCUGUGGGGCGAGCGAGGUGCGGGUGCACUGCCGCCGCUGGGCGAGUGGGUACGCGUCAUCCGCGCGCACGCCGCACUGCGCCCGCCGCCCGCUGUGCCCGACGCUGAUGAUGUGUUGCAGGCCGCCCGGCUACUGCUGCCUCACGCUGACUGCCCUCCACGGCCCAUAACAAUGGAAGAAGCAAUAGAGCCUGUGUGGUCCCGGUGCCCGCGCACUGCGGACGAGCUAAGCAGAGCUGCAGUUGGCGUCGCCCAGAGAGCGCUGCUCAGCGGCCGACCAGAUCUAGUGGGUGGAGUUCGAGCGUUGCUGCCACCGGCUGGCAUUGACGCGCCUGACGCUUCGGGUCUCACUGCACUCAUGAAGGCAGCGUUAGCUGGCGAUGAACAGAUUGUAGCUAUGCUAUUAGAAGCAGGUGCUGACCCAAACAUUGAGACGGGUGGUGCGUGUGCGGCCCACUGUGCUGUGCCGCUGUCACCCCGUUCGCCGACCACACAACAGAACACUCCCGCCUAUACUCCACCUACCGCAGGUUGGACGGCGCUGGUGUACGCAUGUAGCGGUGCAGGUGGUGGUGCCGUAGAGUGUGCACGCCGGCUCAUAGCCGCUGGCGCCAGGGUAGACGGAGCACCUGCCAGGGGUGACGAUGUUUGCACUCUCACUCCUCUACAGGUGGCAUGUGGCGUUGGCAACUUGGAACUGGUACAGUUACUGCUAUCUCAUGGCGCAGAUCCGUUCCUCUCGACGCAACUUAACGAUGCGUUGUGCUACUCUCCUGCUGCCCAGUACGGGUGCUAUAGUGCGGUGGCUGUGUGCUGUGCACAUGGUCGGCGCGCUUGUGUGCGGGCAGCGGUCAGAGGAGGAGCACGUGCUGCCCAAGCGGUGCUGUCACUAGAAGAGGUCCUAGCUGAAGGGGCCGCGCCACCGCCACGACCUCCCACCUUCACCAAGCAGCAGCAGCGAGCUCUUAAUGAUGCCAUGUAUUGCGCCGCCGAGACUGAUCACUUAGAUAUUACAUUGGAACUACACGCGUUGGGCGUGCCGUGGUCGCUACACGCGUGGACGCUAUCGCUGGCUGCCGCAGCAGACGCCGCUCUUGAUAGUGUUAUCGAUCAACUUUUACAAGACUUCCUACAGGUGUGCCCAUCUGAUGACAGUCACUACAGUAAGCAGUUCAUUUACGAGUGCCUCCCCCUGCUGUUUAACAUUUUACGGUACAGCAAGAAGGAAGGCACUGUCUUGCUGCUGGCUGACAUCCUAUGCGCAUGCUACGGACGAGAGCCCGUGCCCGGCGUGGCUCAGCCGCCGCCCCCAGCUGGGCCCGCGCCUGCUAGAGUCGACCCCUCAUACGUCAACAACCCAUCACUAGCUGAUGUCACUUUCAGGGUUGAAGGACGGUUGUUCUACGGCCACAAAAUAGUCCUUGUAUCGGAGUCACCGCGGCUAAGAGCCAUGCUAGCGCCUGCGAGAUCAUCGAAUGAAGCUCUGCCAGUCGCCAACACCCCACCUCUCGUCCAAAUCAAUGACAUCCGAUAUCAUAUCUUUGAGCAAGUGAUGAAGUACCUAUACUCCGGAGGCUGCACGGGACUGGACAUCCCGGAGACUGACGUGCUGGAGGUGCUGGCUGCCGCCUCCUUCUUCCAGCUUCUGCCGCUACAGAGGCACUGCGAGGCGAGAGCAGCCAAAUCUGUAGACUUACAUAACCUUGUUUCAGUCUAUAUUCAUGCUAAGGUCUAUGGUGCUACUCAGCUGUUAGAAUACUGUCAAGGAUUCCUUCUGCAAAACAUGGUAGCUCUUCUCACGUACGAUGAUUCCGUCAAACGUUUGCUCUUCGGGAAAAGACUGCCCGGCCAUAACGUUUUGGGUGCUCUGUUGGUUACAUUACAAAAAAGAAUCGAAGCCAGAAAAAAUCAAGCUAAAAAUAGAUAACUAUAAUUUAUAAGCAUGUCAAAUGUUCAGAGACUUAUUACAUAGCAAUAUUUUGCUAAAUAAUUUUAAAAGAAUUGUCAUUGACUAUUUAGCUGAUCAGGUUCUACUUGCUCAGCUUCAAUUGUUAUAGAGAAACUAAAAUAUUUUCCCAAAUACUUUAUAAGGCUUUAAUUUUGUCAUGCUAAACCUUUAUGUAACGAAGUUAAAUACAAUUUUAAAAACAUGUAUUAAUGUAAGUACUAAAUUAACUUCUUUAUGUAGAUAAGUAAAUAGAUUUAACAACUACAAUUGGGAUAUAAAUAUUUUUGUAACAAAAUGUAUUUCGUCCUCAUUUGUAAUUCUACGAAUAAUUCUCAUUUAUGAAACACUUUAUGAAUGGAAAGUAUUAUAUCUUUGUAAUAAUUUUAAUGUAAUUAUUGUUGAAAUAAAGCUUUGUG